CAUGAACAUGGUUUUCCUGUCAGUGCUGUUCCUGCUCUGCUGCCUACUCUGCGGUUCCUCGGCGGCGGACUCUGUUCCCACCUAUGAGCACCAAGACCCGUCAACCAAAGAAACCCUAACCUGUGACAAGUGCCCACCGGGCACUCACAUGUCUGCCCACUGCACUGCCACCGCGCCUACCCAGUGCCUACCGUGCAAAAGUGGCCACUUCACUGAGCUGUGGAACUACCUGCCUAGGUGUCUGUACUGCAGCAACUUUUGCAUAGGCAACUUGGAGGUGGAAACAGAGUGCUCCCCGACCACCAACAGGGUGUGUCGGUGCAAAGAUGGCUUUUACUGGGAUGAAGACUUCUGCGUCAGGCACGCAGAGUGCGGGCCCGGACACGGUGUUCGGGUCAAAGGUACACAGCAGACGAACACCGUUUGUGAAAAGUGCCCAGAGGGCUACUUUUCCAGCUCAUCUUCUGCGGUGGAUGUGUGCGUAAAACAUCAGGAAUGCGUCAGCGGAGAGAGCGUACUCCUCCCUGGCUCAGAGUUUUCCGACACGGUGUGUGGCACCUGUGAGAGUCUUGCAAAUGAAGAUGAGACUCUCAGGAGAUUCCUCGCAGGAUUCUUCCAUAUGCACAGGAUGCGUGUUGGAAAAAUGAGGAAGUUUGUUUCCAGACACAUCAGCGUGUCAGAGGAAAACGGGAGGUGCAAUCUCCCCAAACAGAGAGGACCUCUCCUGGAUCACAUCACAGACUGGCUGGCCCAGGCUCCAGAGGAACAACUGAGAAACCUGCCACAGAUGCUUAAGGAUUCAGAUCUCAAAUCCAUGGUAGAAAAACUAAAGAAAAGAGUCAAUGAGAUUCAGCAGCAGAACCCAAACUGCAUUUUGACAUAUUUAAAGUAAACAAUGCUCUCCAGAGAGCAGUCCGUUACACAUUUCUUUAAAAGGUAUCCUUAAAAACAAAGCUGUGUCAAAGCAGAACAUUUUACAUUAUUUCCCAUUUUAUUAGUCUACAUGCAAUUCUUUAAAGGUUGCUAAAUGUCAGUACAAAUUAUAUUAUUUGUUAUACACGGCAUGUAUACUAGAGGCUGUGACAUAUGAUCCCAUUAUAGUUGAGCUUUGUGAACUAUUCCUCUAAACAAAGGUGAACAAGAUGUUAAAUAUAUAUUUCCUAUUGUCAUUACUACAGCUGUUUUUGUAUAUAUUGGGCUUAUGCUGGUAUUGCUGCAGGACGGAAAAUAGAAAACUUAGAAAUAGCUCAAGACAAACUGAAAUAUGAAUUUUAUAUUGUAAUGUUAUUUAACGUAUCCUAAUAAAAAUACAAGGAUUUUUGUAA